AUGUCUAGCGCGCUCAUCUUCGGAGGCUCUGGAAAGGUCGCACGACACCUCACAACCAAGCUAGUGGCAUCAUCCUAUACCGUCCACUCAGUCAUUCGCAAGGAGUCGCAGAUCCCUGAACUCGAGGCACUCGAAUCAAAGCCUAUUGUGCAGAGCAUCGAGGAUUCUAGUGUCAACGAUCUUGCGGCAACCAUCAAGAAGCACAGUCCUAAUGUGGUGAUCUGGAGUGCAGGAGCUGGAGGUGGCAGUCCUGAACGCACAAAGGCUGUAGACCAUGAAGGCAUGUCAAUCUCGGUAGACAUCUGUCAAGUUCGGUACAUGGCUAACGCAAGGACAGGCGCCAUCAAGGUCUUUGAUGCCACCGCUGCUGCAGGUGUCAAGCGAUUCAUCAUUGUCAGUGCAGUAGACAUUCGCGACCGACAGAACAAGCCAACACCAGAGUGGUACAACGACGACGACAAUGCUGUUAGCAAGCGGAUGUGGGGUGCGAUUGGUGUCUACUGUGAGGCCAAACUGGCUGCCGAUCGUGACCUGGUCUCUCAGAACGGUCGCCGCAAGCUAGAUUACACCAUCGUUCGACCAGGAUCUCUCAACACAGACAAGGGGUCUGGUAAGGUCGCGGCUGGCAAGGUACACCUGGGCAAGAGUGUCUCACGCGAGGACAUUGCCGAAGUGAUCGUGCAGUGUAUCAAGAGCCCGUCUACCAUCGGCCUUGCUUUUGAUGUUGUGGGUGGCGAGACUCCGAUUUCCCAGGCUAUAGACGAAGUCGGCAGCCAAAUGAUUGAUACGUUUGAAGGACAUUACUAG